UUGUCAGUGAGAGCUCACUGAGUGUCUUCAUGAUGACCAUCAUCUCUCUGCUCCUGCUGGCCUCUCUGCUGCCACACCUGACCUUCACUGCUCAUGUGGGUAUAGUGAACGGCAGGGAAGCGAAACCCCACUCUAGACCUUACAUGGUUUGUCUUCAGAAGAACUGGCUACAUGUCUGUGGUGGAUUCCUCAUUUCUGAUGAGUUUGUGUUGGCCGCUGCACAUUGUCGAGAGAAUUCAGAGACUCUGACAGUGGUGGUUGGAGCACAUGACCUGAAAAAUAAGACUGAGGGUUCUGUCCGGUUUGGAGUGAAGUCCUACCACCAGCAUUCAAACUUUACUGAGGAACCUGUUAUGAAUGACAUUAUGCUUUUGAGGCUAGAGAAGAAAGUCACACAAAACGAGAAAGUCAACUGGAUAUCCAUACCAAUGAAAGAAGAGGAGAUUGAAGUGCAUUCUGCAGGCUGGGGAAGGCUUGAUACUAAUGGUUCCCUUAGCAGUCAUCUCAUGGAAACACACGUGAAGAUCACGAAUAACACAAAAUGUGAAAAUAAAUGGGGAGAAGAUGACUAUUCAGUUUCACAGAUGAUGUGUACAUAUGGCAAUGGAGGAAAAUGCACGGGGGAUUCAGGAGGUCCUUUGGGUUGUGGGAAAACUGCUGUUGGUGUCAAAUCUUUUGGUGACCCUCAUCUCUGUAAUUCCCCUGAGCUACCUGAAGUUUAUAUUAAUUUAAUUUAA